AUGUCUAUGCUGUUUUCAUUGGCAUACAAAAGAAAGUAUGUCUUGCAAUGCGUUCUAAUCUUUUUCACGCUCUACUGUUGUUUGCGACGUAUCUCUCAUAAGCCCAAAGGUGGGAUUCCAGUUGUUAGGGAUCUUGAUCCGUCUUUGAAAUACACAUUCACGAAGAAGCUCAAGGGUAAACCAUUUGAUUUCCAGUUCUUUAAGCUGAAGGUGGAUUUCUUAUCAGAAGACGCUGGCGCUAAGAUUAUUUCGCAAUCGAAGACACUAACACAUCUUAAAAGUAUUCAAAAUAGCGACAGGAAUUCGUAUCUUCUGGCCCCUUGUCAGAACACGGAUUGGUUUAUACUGUCCUUUCCAGAAAGUAUAUCAAUAAAACAUGUGGCCUUCAUUUCGUAUGAAUAUUAUGCAUCGACCUAUAAAAUUAUCCGCAUUUCUACGUCGCUGGUUUAUCCAAGCGAUAAAUGGCAUGUUUUGGCUGAAAUUGAGACGGAGAGGGGGCAAAGUGAGGUAUUCGAUAUCUCACCUCUCUGCGAUAAGGGGGAUCAUGUCGGUUGCUGGGCAAAGUACAUGAAAGUCGAGUUGCUUGAUUACCAUCGGUUCGAAUACAACUACUACUGUUCAUUGACUAGCAUGAAAGUUUACGGUAGCACGGCAGUAGAUGUGUUGGAGAGUGAAAUCACAAACGGUAGUGGUGUUCAUGACAAAAGGGGGCAAAAUCCGGAUGAGUUCAAUGCCCCAAGUGAAAUGAGACGCCAGUUGCCUUAUAUUGGCAUGAGUGAAUUUCAGAACACUACUCCUGAUGCGGCACUGACAAAGAACCAGCGUAUAUUCCUCGACAAGAGGACUUAUAAGAAACCGAUCCCCAUGUCCAAAUCCAGGGUAAUCGCUCGUAUAACCAUCGGGGAGUCUUUGUAUGUGUUUAUGAUGCGUCUAGCAGCUAAGAAUUGUGGUUGUGGCCGAAAUAAACUUUUGUACCGACGGAUGUCCCGAUUUAUGCGAACUAAUCGAUGUCGUAUGCACAAUGUGAUGACGGUACUGGAUGGCAGUGUGCAAUGUCGUGGUUAUCGUUCUAUAUGGUGUUCAAUCGGAUGGAACAUGAUGUACAAAGUGUGUUUGCCUUUGAAUCAUACAUGGUUUGAGGCUGUUGUAUACACGGCCAUUAGGAAGGGUAUAAUCAAGCAGCAGUUACGUAGGGCAUUCAAUUCGAGGAUUCACUCGCCAUUACUUCUGUGUGUCCGCCAUAAUACGUUUUUAGGCAUGUAUUACUGCUAUUCUAACUUCUCGUACACUUCAUUUGCAACUCUAACGUCUACAGAGACAAUCGUAGGUUUUGUACCCACACGAAGACGAGGUAUACCCUUGAAACGGCUGUAUGUGUUUUAUCCUAAUCAGGCGUUAAAGGGAAUGGUGCCAAUAACUUCAAAAGUUGUUUCGCAUGUGUCCAAACGAAAUGGUUUAGUGAGGGGAACGCACUUCAUCCUCUCCGAUGAAUCCAUUGCAUCGGCUACAGUGUCAAGUGGGAUUUGCAAGUUGACUCUACAUACUCAUGCCAUCAAACAUGCAUGUAGUGUGUAUUACCUAAAUGAUUCGAUUUUUAAAUCAUAUGUGUUCUACACAGGCAACAUUGUGAUGCGGGUGACAAAGAAUUUAAGGUUACUGACGUUAAUUGCCUACUCCGCAUAUGGUGGCAAUGUGCUUUCGAAAAUCGUUCCGGCAAUUACAAAGCACGAUGUAGCAUCAGAUGAUUCUACUCUUCACUUAUUUGAAAGCAGCGAUGCUUUUGCUUGGAAUAGCAUUCAAAAUGAACAAAGCGGCGUGAUUGACAGCCAAUCAAAUACACUUAAAAAGUCUCCGACGCACAAGCAUGUAUUGUUGCAAAUAUCAGAACGGGUUAAAGCUCUCGAAAUCCUUUCAAACGAUCUUAACGAGAGGACUCAUCACGUUAAAAGGGUGCUGGACACUCAUGUAGAUCAAUUGCAUCAUUUAACAAAGAAGUUGCAAGACAUAUUGUGUCCACUACACAAUAUCGGCAGAUGGGGUAAAUACUUUCAAAAGGAACAGGAAUCUUUGCUUCGAUCGUGGGGCAUGAAAAGUUUUCAAAUAGUAUACUCCAAGAGAUUAUCAAAAGGGUCUAUCAUGGUUCAGGGAUGUGUUGAAAGCGAUCUGUCGGCCAUAUUCUCUAUGUGCACUUUACUGUUGAAGGAAGGCAACUCCGUACAUAGUAUUAUACAGGAUAAUAUAUGCCCUAUAGAUCGAGUUAUCCCGCAUCAAACAAAAGGGGUCUGUAGGUGGGUUGUGCCAGUGACGCGUAUCAGUCUUUUCAUGGCAAUUAUGAAGCGUACCAAGCUGAUUAACUGUUGUCGAAGAUUUGGGUGCCAGUGCUUAAAUCCAGCAUCUUCAUACACGAAUCGUGUGUUAUGGAUGCCACAUUUCACUAAGAAUACAGACGCAAGGUGGAGAUAUGGUAUUAUGGAUAAAAUGUAUUUAUGGGUCGACGCAUCUCUGAGUUCUGUAUUUAAACCCAUAUAUAGGAUUAUAAGCGUCCUGUGUGAUCUCGUCUUCAACAUAUAUACUUUGUUUGUCUGUUUGCUGAUAACGCAGUUUUUCUGGGCAUACCGAUAUCGCAAAAUUAAAACCCUUGUAUUCGAUAUACGCAAUAAAAUCCGCGGCAAUAUUUUUGAGUAA